UUUCAUCGCACUCAUAUCCGGUUCGUAAAUAGGGUUCUCUCCUCACUAAAAAACAUUAGAAACACUCUAUUUGGAUAACUCGGCUUCAUUUCGUCUUCGAACACGCGCCAUGUUUGGUCUACGGAUAGGGACGGCCACUCUCUCCGCGUCCCAAGCCGUUCGCUCAGCGAAUUCGAUGCCGACCUCCCGGAAGUUAUCCACCCUGAUUUCUACUUUUACCCCGAGAUCCGCUCUAGUUUCGUCUAUUGAGAGGCCUUCAUUAGCCUCUAGCAAAGCAGUAAGGCAGAAUCAAUUGAGACUAUUGUCAUCUGCCACCAUUACCCAAACUGCUGUUGACUCGCAGUUGGCUUCCCCGGUCGAUUUGCCCCUAGAGCCCCUCCAUGAACCUCUUUUACAGCCAGCCUCCACUUUUCUCGACCCGUUGAUUCACCCCCUUUCCGAAGCACUUCUAUCUAUUCCUCAUCCAUUGGGAUACGGGACGACCUUAAUUCUUCUCACUGUUAUUGUGCGUACGGCAUUCACCUUGCCAGUUUCUCUUUGGCAGAAAAAAAGAGCAAAGAAGAUGCAAAGUGUUGUUGCUCCUGAGAUGAAGGUAAUCAAUGAGCAAUUGGCGGAAACGGUUGCCAAAGAAUGUAGAAAAAAAGGUGUGGGAUACGCGGAGUACCUGAUUGAGCUUAGACGGCAGCUUCGCAAGGCUCAAAAAGCUGUACAUAAGAAACAUAAUAUACAUCCCUGGGUAACUACGUGGGCCCCGCUAGUCGCCCACAUUCCCAUUUUUGUAACCCUAUCUCUUACCAUUCGCCGUGCACUCGACCUUCCCGGUUCGCCCAUGGCAUCCGAGAGCUUUUUAUGGCUUGACUCUUUGGGACAGGCAGAUGGAUAUGGCAUUUUACCUCUAGUGGGUAUGGCUGUAGCAUUCGGUAACGCGGAGGUGGUGGGUAGACGAGUGAAGGACGUGAGGGACGCUUUGGAAGGCAAAGUAUCGAAUGAGAAGAAGGCUGGGCUCUCUGCGACACCAGUGCCCCAAUCCAGGCGUAUACCCAAACCUGAAAGUCCUAAAGGUGAUAUUAAUGCCCGUCCAUCCCCCCUUUUUGCACGCUCGCCUCCCGCCAAUACAGGGCCCACUUCUCAUAAUAACCAGACUCGAAGUUUGUCCACUUCCAAUUCAUUGAAUGUUCAGCGCCAGGCCAGAUGGAAAGCACCAACAAACUCAUUAAUCAAGGAAAAAGAUGACGGUUUUGUGGAGGUUGGUCCCAAUGACAAGCCACCUACUUUUUCUCUGGCCAGACAGGCAGAGUUCAGAAGGUCAAUCUUCGCCAAUAUUUUGAGGUUCAGCGCUAUUGGCUUUGCGAUGAUUGCUAGUCAAAUGCCAAGCGGGGUUGUGUUGUAUUGGUUCACGUCGCUGUGUUACAGUUUCAUACAAAACUUCUUCCUGACCGUUUUGCCUCAAUUGCGUCUUGAAAAGCAAAGAAAAGAAGAAGCCGUCUCGAACUAGUUGAAAUACAAAUGUGUACAUGCGUGAUCAUUCAUCUGCAAUGCAUUUGCCCCUCAUAAUCCCCUCACCACCAUUCUUUUUCACUAAUCGUGAUCUCCCAUCUUAUUACUUUGGUCCUUAUGCCCCUCCCAUUUGUCUUUUCCGUCCACAACGUCUGCAAUCCGUUGCCCAUAAAAGAUGUGGCUUUGCACUCGUAGGGAUUCAGGGACGCCAGCUUCGCCAUCCCCUCGAGGGAAUUCGAAUAGUGGGGGGAAAGCCAUAAUCAUGUUUCUCCCUUCAUCCAUGAAUGGGGAACCGCACGAAGCACAUGAUAUUUUGCGAGGAAGCGGGGUCGGUGAUGAAGAAAGAGGGUGAAAAUCAGAGGAGGCUGUCAAAAACCGAAUAUGAUCGGGAGGCGUGUCAAGCCUUACCGAGCUCUUUGGAAAAAUGGCAGCCUGCUGGUAAGGAGCUCCUGGAUAUGAUUUAAACGCUGCUAUGCUAGAAAUCAAAGUACGGAAAAAAACUGACCAUGGAGCUUUUGACAGUUUCCGCAGUGGCAUGCUUUGAC